GGCCGUCUCUGCAAACUCUCUCCUUCUUCUUUAGACCCUAAUUAAACCCUUUUCUUACCCAUCAAAACACCAGUUUUUUACCCAACCCAUAAAAGAUAUGACUCCUUUACGCCGAUUGCGUCCUCUUCUAAAGGACCUCGUAACCCAGAAAACCCAAAUUCGACAUGUAACCUACAUGCCCCGACCGGGAGACGGCGCUCCACGUGCUGUGACUCUGAUUCCUGGCGACGGAAUUGGGCCCCUGGUCACAAACGCGGUCGAACAAGUAAUGCAGGUGAUGCACGCUCCGGUUUACUUUGAGAAAUACGAAGUUCACGGGGACAUGAAGCGGGUGCCGGAGGAGGUCAUAGAUUCGAUUAGGAAGAACAAAGUAUGUCUCAAAGGGGGCUUGAAAACACCUGUCGGGGGUGGAGUUAGUUCUCUGAACGUGCAGCUGAGAAAGGAGCUAGAUUUAUAUGCGUCUUUGGUCCAUUGCUGUAACUUGCCGGGGUUGCCCACCAGACAUGAGAAUGUGGAUAUCGUGGUGAUUAGGGAGAACACUGAAGGGGAGUACUCGGGGCUCGAGCAUGAAGUUGUGCCUGGUGUUGUCGAGAGUCUGAAGGUGAUAACAAAGUUCUGCUCAGAACGUGUUGCUAAAUAUGCCUUUGAGUAUGCCUAUCUAAACAACAGAAAGAAAGUUACUGCUGUGCACAAGGCCAACAUAAUGAAACUUGCAGAUGGUUUGUUCUUAGAAUCAUGUCGUGAAGUUGCUACAAAAUAUCCAAGUAUCAAGUACAAUGAAAUUAUUGUGGACAACUGCUGCAUGCAACUUGUUUCAAAGCCUGAGCAAUUUGAUGUGAUGGUUACUCCUAAUCUUUAUGGCAAUCUUGUUGCAAAUACAGCAGCUGGUAUUGCUGGAGGCACUGGCGUAAUGCCUGGAGGGAACGUGGGAGCUGAUACUGCCGUCUUUGAGCAAGGUGCUUCCGCAGGGAAUGUGGGAAAUGAAAAGAUAGUGGAGCAAAACAAGGCAAACCCCAUUGCUUUGCUCCUCUCAUCUGCCAUGCUGCUAAGGCAUCUCCAGUUUCCCUCAUUUGCAGAUCGACUCGAAACUUCGGUGAAACGUGUAAUCUUCGAGGGCAAGUAUAGGACUAAAGAUCUUGGUGGAGGAGACUGCACAACACAAGAAAUUGUUAAUGCUGUCAUUGCCAAUCUUGACUGAUCAUUCCAUUCCAGACUCGUAUCUGAGGAGACUUCUCGAUCCAUGGGUUAUAUAAUUGUUCUAUGGUUCUUUUGGUUUCGAAGUGAUAUUCUUUUUGAAAAUAACUGGGUCAAUAUUAAUAAUCAAGAGUGUCCUGAAAACUGGGUGCUUUCUAUCUAUCUUUUUUUUUUUUCGGUGUGUUUGACUUUCCUUAUUAUUUCCUUCCUUUUGAUGAAGGUCUUUCUAUUCCAUCUGCUCUUGCAACUCUGUUAUUAUAUACAGAGCUACAUGAUAAUUGAUAAUGGAUUGAGAGUUUUGGUUGUGUUUGAGAUUAUUGUGCAGUGUUAUGGUUUUGACUUUUUUUGUUAUAUUUUAUUAUGAAAAAAAUAU